AUGGCGGACGAUGGACUGCUGCUGAACUUCGCGGUCAACGACAGUGUCGCCGCGGGUCCUCAGAAGUUCAAAGGUGGGUCUUGGAGAGAACGUUUACAGGCGAAGAGAACCGCUCAACGAGGUGGACAGCGCAGACAAGGCGGUGUCAACGGUCUCCCGAUCACAGGACGGCGUCUGGAUAGCAGCGCAGGGCUUUCGAAGAAUCAGAUUGAAGACUUUCCUGACGAUCGACCGCAGAAGAGGAGGCGGGAAAAUGGGUACACUCCUGGUUUGGACGACGUUGCCGGCCACGCUCCCCAACGAGAUAGACGCAACGAGCAAAAGCCUUCGACCGGACCACGGGAGGUCAUUUCAUCCUUGUUCUCAUACAAUCCAAAGCCGGUCACAGCCAACGAAGAUCAAAAAAAGGAGGAUGCGGACGAGAAAGCUGCGGCACCCACCAAUGCGCCUCUUCCCGACGGCAUAGACACAUUCACAUCCCUAGGCCUUUCGCCCACACUUGCUGCGCAUCUCCUUACCAAGAUGAACCUAAAGAACCCAACUGCGAUCCAAAAGUCGGCGGUAUCCCAGCUGCUGAAGGAAGAUAGUGAUGCCUUCAUACAAUCUGAGACCGGCUCAGGCAAAACCCUUGCAUAUCUACUUCCAGUGGUACAACGGAUCUUCACUAUGGCAGAAUUACGCAGGAGUGAAACGAAGACUGCCCAAGACCCGGCCGUGCAUCGGGACUCAGGACUCUUUGCCAUAGUUCUUGCACCUACAAGAGAAUUGUGCAAGCAGAUCUCUGUGGUCCUGGAGCGUCUACUAGGGUGUGCACACUAUAUCGUUGCCGGUACGGUGAUUGGAGGCGAGAAAAAGAAAUCAGAAAAGGCAAGACUACGAAAAGGGUUGAACAUCCUGGUCGCUACGCCUGGUCGUUUGGUCGACCAUCUCGAGAAUACCAAGAGUUUGGACGUCAGUAACGUGCGAUGGCUUGUACUGGACGAAGGUGACCGUCUGGUGGAUCUGGGCUUCGAAGAAGACAUCACCAAGAUUGUCAAAACCCUUGACCAGAAGCAGAGAAAGAGCAGUAGACCGGGUCUACCCGAGAAGCGAACGACUGUACUCUGCUCGGCGACACUGAAAAUGAACGUUCAGAAGCUGGGCGAGAUCAGUCUCAAGGACGCAAUCCUGAUCAAAGGCGACGCUAGCAACGACGAAGACGAAACAACAGCCACCACGAAUGGCAUACAGUCAGCCUUCCUGGCUCCAGCCCAGCUCAAACAAUCAUACCUCGUCACGGCAGCCAAAUUGCGUCUCGUCACCCUCACAGCACUACUCAAGCGAACAUUCGCCCGGAAGGGAUCGGUUAUGAAAGCAAUUGUUUUCAUAUCGUGCGCCGACUCCGUCGAGUUCCACUACAAAGUCCUCACUCGAGCCCUCGAAGAACAAGCAGAAGACAAACCAACAACGAAAGAUACUUCAGAUUCUGAUGCCGAGGAAAAGGGACCUACGUCCAAACCUCAACCCACUAAGGAAGCCGAGUCGGACUCGAUAGCGCCCUCACCGAUUCUCUCCUCCCAAAACAACCAAGUCACACUCUAUAAACUACACGGCUCCCUCCCGCAAGCCACUCGCACAAACAUCGUGCGUCAUUUCGCCAGCACCACGACGCCUUCACUGCUUAUCGCCACGGACGUAGCAUCCCGUGGUCUGGAUCUUCCCAAUUUAGAUUUGGUGAUUGAAUACGAUCCCGCAUUCAGUUCCGACGACCACCUCCACCGUAUCGGCCGGACUGCACGUCUAGGCCGUGACGGCCGUGCCACCAUUUUCCUCAUGCCGGGUAAAGAGGAAGGCUACGUGGAUGUCCUGAAAAGCUCCUACAAAUCCUCCGACAGCGUUACCUCCAGCAAUGUAAGCCACAUGGCCGCCGACGAGGUGCUGAAGAAGGGGUUCAGUCCUGCCACUGGCGUCAUCGCUACCAAAAACUCAGCCGAGCAGAAAGAUUGGAACUGGGAAUCGCGCGCCACAGCGUUCCAACUCGAUGUUGAGCGCUGGGUUCUUGCGGAUCCGACGACAAAGGAGCUUGCGAAGCGUGCGUUCCAGAGCCAUGUACGUGCUUAUGCGACGCAUGUUGCUGCUGAGCGGAAGUGGUUUGAUAUCAAGGAUUUACAUUUAGGUCACUUGGCCAAGGCUUUUGGUUUGCGAGAUCCGCCUGGGCGAGUAAACGUCGUUGGGACGGGACGGCGCGGGCAGAGCCAGGGAGGUGCUGGAGGAAAGAGAAUUAGGAGUGGUGGUGAUGAGACGCACGAGGCGGGUGCUGGUGGUGAUGUUGAUGAUGCGGCGAAGAAGAUGAAGGAGAAGGUUCGGAAUAGGAAGAUGAUGAUGGGUGGAGGAGCGGAUGAGUUCAAUAUCGCUUGA